AUGGAUGCAUCACUACAAGAUGCACAUUGUCAUCCUGGUAGAAGCAGCGUGUGUUGCGGCAUGGUGGCCUCUGGUGGUUCCAGAGGGAAUAACAUGAACUCUCAGCUUCACUCUGAACCGCUAGGUCGCUCCUUGCCCCUGUUUUUGUACCCAACCCACAUGGAGCAGCGAGUUUACGACGGCUCGUACUAUAGCGGGGCGUCGCUGUUGUCGUACCUGCCACCGUUCCAUGGCAGCUUUGGCGUGUAUGACUGUACGUUUGAGCCUGCUUUCAUACAGAAACGAAACGAGAGGGAGCGUCAACGCGUGAAGUGUGUCAACCAGGGAUACGCCAAACUCCGUGACCACCUGCCGAACGGGACCACGGAGAAACGCUUGAGUAAAUUGGAAACGUUGCGAGCUGCCAUACAAUAUAUAAAGUAUCUUCAGGGACUCGUGGAGAACACAGAGCGAGUAGAGGAGAACGGAGGAGGAGCGUCUCCUGUUUCUGUCUCUGAAUCCUCGUCCGAGGAAUCUGCCUGGAGUUACAGAGACGUUCAGACACGGACAUGA